GUGGGUCACAGUGCCGUUCUGUGAGGACGUAACCGCUCCCCGUGGAAAGAGUCUGCUUUCUAUAAAGGUGCAUUUAGUUAAGUGUGACUCGAGAUGGUGACGAACAUGUGACUGUCGAGUGGCCAGCGAAAGUAUUUUUUUAAAAAGGAGUAUUGGCGCUUUCUGUGCUUGGCUGAAGGAAGACGGUAAUACCGGUAUUGUCCUGCGAGGGACCCACACAGCGCACAGCAGCAUCUCGCCUGGUGGCCGUCAGUGGAAAGCUGUGACUGGCAUGCCACAAGGCGCCUGGCACUACCCAUGAUGCACCAGAACCUUGCUGCCGCGGCGGUUCACCCGAGUGGCUCCCCACCCGGAGGGCCACACCUUCACCAAGCGAUGCAUAGGCAGCUGAGAAGAUUAGCCUACUUCAUGUUCCUCCUGUUUCUCUUCUCUCUCACUUCUAGUGACAAUGCAGUCUCGGCUCAGAGAAAGGAGGGCCUGAACUAUACCCUGCUAGGCACUAUACCCCAGACUACCUUCAGCUGCCGCGGGCACACGGCAGGCUAUUACGCUGACCCAGAAACUGGGUGUCAGGUCUACCACAUGUGUGACACCCUUGAAAAGCAGUACUCGUACCUGUGUCCCAACUACACGCUCUUCAACCAGAAGUUCAUGGUCUGCGACCACUGGUACAUGGUGAACUGCUCCUCCGCCACUGACUUCUAUGACCUUAACGACCACAUUGGUGAAGUAUCAAGCAGCAGAGAAAAUGGUGGAGAAGAUGCUAACAAUAUCAAGGUGAUUGGCGCAAGGAAAAUCACCCCCAGCAGUCGAGAAACGUCUUCGAAGGAGGCAAAGUUUUCCCCAGUGGCUGUCACCUUCAAGGCACCAGGUUCUCCUUCAAGCCCCCAGAUACCUACAAACUCCCUCGUCACUGAGGAGCCAACAGUACCUGCACCGAAAGGGUCAUCAUCUCUGAGGCCCUUCUCUCCAUCACAGACGUCAGACGCAAGUGGACAGCAGACAUCAAAGACAACACCAAGACCUCUCACUACACGAAGGACGCCUCAGACAACGCGCGCAGGAGUGCAACAAUUCAUAACUUCAACAGCAAAACCCAUCACCACUCCUAAGUUUACCCAGACUUCCAGGACGUCUUUCCUGCAAACUUUAAAACCAACAGUUGCCACCACUCCUAGACCUACAUUUUCUCAGACUCUGAGCACAAGUGUGCAACAGUCCACAAAAUCCACAGUGAGACCUGUCGAGGGUACACCUAGCCGUUUCUUUGAACUCCCAAAUGUUGAGAGCCUUUUCCACUCCAUUCCUGACUCCUUAAUCAAACCAUCCCCACCACCAUCUGUGUUUCUUCAGCCACCCCAGCAGCAUGGUGAGAGCAGCUUGGUCUCAGCAGAUGCAAAACUCGGAGCAGGGAAUGACACUAUUUCCCACCAUGGACAUUUUCCUGUAGACCAUGUAAUACCUUUCGUCCAAACACCUCGACCUGGAACUCCAUUCACCAUGGUGCCAGGCAUUGUUGCCAGGGGCACUGGGAAUAAGUUCACAUUUUCAAGCACCCAGGAGAAGCCUUUCAACGCAAUCGAUUUCAAUAGCAUCAUCUUUCGCCCUCUGGUUCUGCGGCCGAAGGACAAGAAGCGAAAGAUAUUCACCACGGCUCCUGCAUCUAUCGCUCUAGACCCUCAUCACCACGAUGCCUCGGGGUCUGACCAAGUAACGCAGCAUUCUACAACCACCGUGUUUGCCGCUCCACUUUCCGCCAACAGCUCUGCAAGCAGUGAAAGAUCUAACAACGCUUCUAUUCCUGCAGGCAUACGAGUCCCAAGCAUUCUGCUGCAGCCCCCUCCACUGGUGACAGUUUCAGCCAACGUUCCCCCAUUCCUGCCAGCAAUACAGCAGACCCUCAUCCCUCCUGUGAGAAUAAAGCAGGAAUUCCCAACACCACUGGUAACUCCCGUUCGAUCGAUCCUCCGCCCUCUCCUGAGCAUCAUCCCUAGUUCGCGUUUCCAGUUCCCAGUAUCGCGAAGUAACCGCGAUUUCUUCAUCCCCUCACCUGGACUGUCCUUGCCUAAGGAGGAAGGGGAGGAGGAGGAAUCCACUAAUCCGAUCAAGGGCACCACAGCGGAGCUGCAGAACGCCUUGAACGAGUCGGCAAAGCCCAAGAAGACGAACAUGACAAUGGUGUUCCCAGAGCCACGAAACGUCAGGCUGACGACCCUCGAGAUCAACCCUGAAUGUCCGAAGUGUCAUCCGGCAUUCUUGCGGCCAGGGGAGUGCACACCUUGUGUCCUCAUUAGGUGAAAACGGAAAGAACUUAAUUAAAUAACCUAACAUGUUUGAUUACAAAACCAGAAGGCAAUGCACCCGAAGAUUUUCAUCUUGAUCAGUAACGUUUGGCAUUAUAUUGUCUUUCUCGUGGAAUUUGAAAAUGGCUGUAUAUUGUAAGUUUGACACUUCAAGAGUGGAGGAUGUGUAAAAAAUACCUCUUUGUGAUAGAUGUGAUAAUGUCAGGCCUACUCUUUAUAACCAAUUCACACUUACGGUACAAAAUUAGUCUUUGCCGCACGAGUUCAUAUCUGCUGCUAGUGAGCUACGUAAUGCAUUUGGAGAUCUGAAAUCUAUUAUUCAUAAUACAUUCUUUCAAAAUUUGUUUUGUCAGCCAUAAUGCUCUGAAGUAUUUGGAAUAUGUUGACUCUUUGGUAGGCCUAGCUGACUUUGAUUGGAAUUAAGGAAUGCAUUUGAUUUAACGCUUCCUCUGAAAUCUGAGGAGGUUUGGUCAAGCAGUUUAUUAUUAUUAUUAUAGUAUUUUUAAUCUCAGUAGAAGUUUACUUUUUUUUUCUUUAACCAGAUAGGCCUACUACACCAAAAUCACAACAGCGCCUGUUGUUGAAAUCUAUUCAGGAUACGACAAUUUCCACUUUACCAAGAAAGGUGAUGCAUAAAUCAACAUUUUCACAGGGAUCCAACACUUAGGAAUGGCCUUACUGAAGAAUUUUAGCUUAUAAUUUCAUAGGUGUUAAUUCAUUUCGAAAUUUGAGAUGUAGUAGUACCACAACAGACAUUUCGAAUAUAUUCGAUUAAUCCUGUUGUGUAUUUUACCCACAAAUCUGACUUGUAGUUCAAACAUUGCAUUUUGCCGGGGAAUUUUAUGUAGUCUUCAUCCCACAUGUUGCUAUUUGAUGUGGUGUACCGUCUAGAAACAGACACAAACAUUAUAUGACAACAAAUUGGCCACCAUCUUACCCCACCCAAGUUCAAAGUUCUCAGUAAAGCUACACAAAAAUCUUUAACGUGUCUCAGAUAAUUUUGAUAUAUCCACUGAAUUUUAAUCACAUAUAAAUUAGUCCUAUGUGGAAUUAAUGAAUCGUCAAAUAUAUGUCAUAAUGUUUUAAAGUUACAAUUAUUUUGUUAAACAUUGCAACGUUUCAUAAGGAAGAUGACGUCACUUAUGGCCUCUCCAGACACAUAGCCUCAGUUCUCACUUCUCAGUUCUAUACACGACUCUCUAUGAAGUGCCAAGCCAGAUUUUAUGACGAAAAUUUGUCAACUAAUUCAUAACAUGUUACCAUAAAAUCUAUAGAAUAGCGUACACUGAGAAAAUCUGGUUUUCUAAAUAAUAUUUUUUCAUUAAGAAUUCUGAUGUGCAGGCCACAUCGUCUCUCUCUGUAGUGUAGAUUAUAGAAUCUAACCUGUUUUUUUUUUUUUGUUGCCGUUUUACUUAGUUAUGUAUCUAAAAAUUCUUCUUGCCUUCCCAAUGUACCAACUCAAUAAAUGAAUGUUCAGUU